AUGGACGAAGUGGAUGUGCGGACAGCAGUUGGGGCGGCUUUGACGGCCGUGGUGGGGGUGUCUCUUCUGUGGCUGAUGUUUCUGUUGGGGCGCAGAAAGUCGCGUGAGCAGUUCCAGCACAUCACCACCAACCACCCAUCAUCACUUCUUCUUGACAGUGUUGUGGCACUCACACAGACACAGGGCAGUCAUGAUACUGUGGAUGAGGACGCGAGUGAUGGUGAAGCAGUGCGGUGGAGGUGGUGGCAGCGGCAGGACAACCAGCUGGACGUGAUGGAGCAGUUGAUGCAAGAGGCAGGCUUGCAACAUCACAUCAAGGAACUCCUUCGAUCUAUCGCAUGCGAUGAACCUGCGAGAGAUAUAGAGCUGAUCGGAACGACAUUGGGAACCAAAGGCGCACAAAGCUUGGCAAUUGCAUUCGACAGGAGAAACAACAAAAACAUCGAGGUUCUGAGGUUGUACGAUAACCUGAUUGGAUCUGAGGACUGCGUCCUGUUGGCUGACGCCUUGCAAGGAUACACUGAUCUACGAGAGCUGCACAUUGGGAACAACCCGAUUGGACCUCAAGGCUGUCAAGCGUUGGCGACGGCUCUGCGUGGCCACUCAGAACUGCAGGAGCUUCUGCUGAUCAACGUUGGCGUUCCUGCUGCCCACGCAGUUGGUGCAGGGUGGCCAGAAGCACGGGACGUGCAGUGGUACAUGUCGGAGGAACGAGAAUUGACACGCGGCGUUGAACGGGAAGAGCAAGGCGACCAGCUCGCAGGACAUGCAGGUGCUAUGAGCACGAAGGAAGAAACAAUCAGGCGGCUCCGUGACCAGCUCGCAGAGCAUGUAGAUGCUAUGAGAACGAAGGAAGAAACAAUCACACAGCUCAAGUCCCUCUUCAAUCUCGACCUGAAUCCAGCCCGCUUCGAGGAGAAGAAACGCGCAAAAGACCACGAAGGCAAGCCCAUCAAGGGCGCAUUUGGCAAGCUAUAUCGCAGCACGUUUGCUGGGCACGACGUGGCGCUGAAGGAAGUUGACGAUGUUGAAGAACGACCACGACUGCAGCACCUGCUGGAAGCAAUGAGCGACACAGCAACUUCAACAUCAACAGCGGCACAGUCGCGUGUACCUGACAAGCGUGUGCUGAGAGAGGUGGCCGUCCUUGCCUCACUUCGCCAUCCAAACAUCGUGUCUUUUCUCGGGCUGUGUCAUGACAGCGAUCGCAGCACGCUUGCCUUCGUGCUGAGCUGGGCAGAGAACGGGUCCCUGUACGACUACAUCCACGUGCACAAGAAACACAUCAGCAACGUCGAGAAGCUGCGCAUCUUGAGCGAGGUGGCGGCUGCGAUGGAGUUCCUGCACGCCCACGACGUCGUGCACCGCGACCUCAAGUCGCCCAACGUGCUGCUGGACGCAUCGCUCUCCGCCAAGGUGGCGGAUUUCGGCCUGAGCGCGUUCGUGCCAGAGAAUGCGUCUGUGGUGUCGAAGGUGGUCGGCACACCGCUGUGGGCAUCACCGGAGCAGUUGUUGGAGCAGCCAUUGCGAGCUGACACGGACGUGUUCUCAUUUGGCUGCAUUAUGUGGGAGGUGUGGUUUAACACCAAACCUUGGCACCACGGGGAGUACAGCGGGGAAUGCAUAUCCGGACGAACGCUUGGCGACAAGUACAAGGCUCAGGAGUACCUGCCGCUUGAUGUUGAGGAGGGGCGGAAAAUGGAAGGCGCAUUUAAGGCGCUGCUCCGUGGGUGCUUCCAGUCGAGCGGCAAUCGUGUUGGGUUCUAUGCGGUGUGGAAGUUUCCACAGCAGCUGCUGGCCGCGGUGCAAGCGACGGAGCUGUCGACGCGCCAAUCCGUCCACAUUGCACCACUUCAACCUGACGAGGACGCCGUCAUUGAGCUCCUCCGCGCCGCUGGUGGCCGCACUGCUGCUGAGCCAAAUCCGCUUUGCCCUUUCGGCCGCAUGUUGUGUCGCGUCGCCAUCACGUGGUGCGAGCAGAAGCUCGUCGCCUUCAACGGCGCCCUGCACCGCAACAACACCCGCUAUCGUGGCCACCUCACCAGCGCCGGCCACCCGUUUGCGCCCAAAUACGCCCACGACACGUUGACGGGCCAGGCAACAGAUGCCGAGGAGCGGGCGGUGCUGGAGCGCGUCACCCGUUCUGGCCGUCCUGGCGUUUACAACGUGCUUGACACGUCGCGCCUGUACAACAUGCUUGACGCGAACUGCGUGGACAAAGAUCCGCCCAUUCGCCUCCAGCGCGUGUUCCAUGGUGUGAGAUCCCUUGAGGCCGUUGUUGGCAUCCUGGGCGGUGACUUUGCACAACUGCAGACCCAAGGUGCGAAGUUUGGUGCGGGCUGUUACUUCACGCCAGACCUUGACUACGCCCUCGCUUACACUUCGCGCUGCCGGCCCAGCCACUCUUCUCCACCUGAACUGCACUGCCUCAAGCUUGAGCCAGGCAAAGCCUACCGCGUUGUUCUGGCGUGCGAUGUCAUGUACGGCAACCCGUACCCCGUGACGCACAAGAGCCUUCACCUCACCCGACGACAUGACCCGGAACGGAAAUGGCGGUCAUUCCGUGAUCAGCCCCUCAUCUCCAGACACGACGCUCACGUGGCAGUCAUCGAUUUCACCAGUGGCGACAUUCGACAUUCACAGCCGUUCCACCCACACACGCAGUGGGACCAGGGCGGCAAUGUGCCGGCUGCGGAGAUCGUAGUGACAGACCCUUCGUGCGUCCUUGUUCGAGCCGUCCUUGUGUUUGAGGCGUGAGUGUUUCGAGUCCGCGAAUGUGUGCUUGAAGUCUUUGGGCGUGUGUAUUGCUUCUGUGUGUGUGUGCGUGUGUGUGUAUUGCUUCUGUGUGUGUG